GGUCUGGAUGUGAGGUGGUCUGGGUCUGUGGGGUCUGGAUCUGUGGGGUCUGUGUCUACCUAAAUCCUACAUUACCCAUGAGCCUCAGCUGCUGUUGCCCUGGAGAAGAACAGAGUUGUGUUUUUAAAGGCCGUCAGUCUGAAGGUGUUCACUCGCUCAGAGCGUCAGAACCAGACUUCAGUUUGUUUUUGUUCCUUUCUCAGAGUGAACGAGGACAGGACACUGUGGUUCUGAUGAUAUUCUCACAGACUCAAAGGAUUAGCAGCGAGUCUCUGAACAGGAUGUUUGUCCGCAGUCAGCUGACCGACUCCUCGUGCCUCCACUUCCCGAUGACUCUGACUCCCAACUCUCAGGACACCACAGGCUCUGCAGCUGCGAACACGGCGUCUCUAAUAUGGAGACGUUUUUCUAUGAAGUUCUGUAUGGGACAGACUGAGGAUGCCUGUUAUCAGACUGAGGAAGAUGAGGGGCGUGAGGAUGAUGAAGACGGCGUGCAGGGGGAGAAGCCUGCUGAUUGGCUUGUUGUGUUGCAGGGAGGCGGGAGCUGAGCUCUGAUUGGCUCUUUGAUUUCUUCUUCAGAAACUCAGCAGACUUCAGGAGGUCUCACUCUGUCAUCAUCAUGGCCAACUGGACUGACUGUCUGAACUUUGCUGUCUCCAUCGCCAAACAGGCCAGUGAGGUAAGAGACACACGGACCAGUCACUGAGCCAGAGGUCAGACAUCGACCAAUCGGAGAAGUAGAUGAUGAUGUCACUGUCCAGUUGUGAAGGAAGAAGAAUCUGUAGUAAUUAUGUUGGAACAGUUUAAAUGUUAGAGGUGCCGACCAAUAGCAGCGCAACAGGAGAUGUGUCCGUCCAAUUCAUUAGCAUGUAGCUGCAGUACCGGAGGCUGCAGUUUCAGGAACGCAAUCCUGGGACCGGAACAGCAUUUCUAGGACCCUUGUUUACUUUCAUACGCCCAGCUAGCCAAUGACCCCUCACCACAACCAUCACCAAGUGUGGGCCUAAACUUAAGUUACUGACUAUAUGCAAGUCGACCGGCAGGCAGGGUUAACCUCCUUCGUGUUGCUGUGCAUUACCACCACCGCUCCACUAGAUGGCGCUGUCGCAGAAGAACUGCGGUCCCAGGAUUGCGGGGGUCCUGAAUCUGCAGCCUCUGGUACUACAGCUACAUAAUGUUGGUCCAAUCAGCUGCAGGCGAGUUCCUGAUGGUGAGUUCAGGUUCAGUUCACAGUUUUGUAACGUUCAGCUUCGAUGAACGCGCAGAGGAACGUGAGGUUUUUGUGUUUGAGCGGCUGACCUUCACCUGCACUCAGGUACGCACACGCCUGAAACACACUGAAACACACACAGGUGUGCUCAGGCGAGCGUCCUGCUGCAUGUUUUUCUUUUCUUUUGUGUUUUAAUCACCUGAGUUUAGAAAGGAGUACUUCCUCUACUCCAUGUAAACAACUAAGUAACUAUCUAGAUACUACUGAUACUGUUGAUGAUAUCACCUCAUACUACUACUGAGAACCUCGUGUUUUUCAGACGGUCCUGUCGGCGUUUCAGCAGCAGAAAGACGUGAAGCUAAAAAGUUCUCCGGCUGAUCUGGUGACAGAAACUGACAGGUUCUACUUUUAUUCUACUGUAAGAACAAAUAUCCACAACACAGGUUCUACUUUUAUUCUACUGCAGAACAAAUAUCCACAACACAGGUUCUACUUUUAUUCUACUGCAGAACAAAUAUCCACAACACAGGUUCUACUUUUAUUCUACUGCAGAACAAAUAUCCACAACAAAGGUUCCAAUAGUGUUUAUUAGUACAAUUUCCAUAAAUGAUAAAGCUGGCAGUCCAAAAGACAAAAUAACUCCAUCAUCCAGAAGGCAAAAGAAAAGCAGUAAUCCAAGAAGGGAAAGAACCACAAUCAUCCAAAAAGUGGCUGUGAAAACACACUGAGACGUCAACGAAAAGACGAACGACAACGACCGAUUAAAAGAUAGAGACUUAAAUACACAAAGGGACAAAGUUGUGACCUCUUUAACAUGUCAUUUGCAUGUUUCCUGUACGUUCCCGUUUCCGCGCGUUGUGACCUGUUUAAUGUGUCGUAUGAGUGUUUCCUGUACGUUACGGUAUCCGCACGUUGUGACCAGUUUAACGUGUCGUUUGCGUGUUUCCUGUACGUUCCCGUUUCCGCGCGUUGUGACCUGUUUAAUGUGUCGUAUGAGUGUUUCCUGUACGUUACGGUAUCCGCACGUUGUGACCAGUUUAACGUGUCGUUUGCGUGUUUCCUGUACGUUCCCGUUUCCGCGCGUUGUGACCUGUUUAAUGUGUCGUAUGAGUGUUUCCUGUACGUUAUGGUAUCCGUGCUUUGUGACCUGUUUAACGUGUCGUUUGCGUGUUUCCUGUACGUUCCCGUAUCCGCGCGUUCUGACCUCUUUAACGUGUCGUUUGCGUGUUUCCUGUACGUUCCCCUAUUCGCGCGUUCUGACCUCUUUAACGUGUCCUUUGCGUGUUUCCUGUACGUUCCCCUAUUCGCGCGUUCUGACCUCUUUAACGUGUCGUUUGCGUGUUUCCUGUACGUUCCCCUAUUCGCGCGUUCUGACCUCUUUAACGUGUCCUUUGCGUGUUUCCUGUACGUUCCCCUAUUCGCGCGUUCUGACCUCUUUAACGUGUCCUUUGCGUGUUUCCUGUACGUUCCCCUAUUCGCGCGUUCUGACCUCUUUAACGUGUCCUUUGCGUGUUUCCUGUACGUUCCCCUAUUCGCGCGUUCUGACCUCUUUAACGUGUCCUUUGCGUGUUUCCUGUACGUUCCCCUAUUCGCGCGUUCUGACCUCUUUAACGUGUCCUUUGCGUGUUUCCUGUACGUUCCCCUAUUCGCGCGUUCUGACCUCUUUAACGUGUCGUUUGCGUGUUUCCUGUACGUUCCCCUAUUCGCGCGUUCUGACCUCUUUAACGUGUCCUUUGCGUGUUUCCUGUACGUUACGGUAUCCGUGCGUUAUGACCUCUUUAACGUGUCGUUUGCGUGUUUCCUGUACGUUACCGUAUCCGUGCGUUGGGGACGGCAGCAGUCGACAUGUGUCAGGUGGCGAUGGGUGGAGUCGACGUGUACUAUCACAUCGGGAUGCACUGCUGGGACAUCGCCGCCUCUGCCGUCAUCGUCCAGGAGGCUGGAGGCGUUGUCAUGGAUACAGAUGGUCUGUGCCUGUGAUGUCAUAUCUUACCUGCGUGUACCUGGGGACAUGUCCUCCUCUCAUUGGUCCAUGUGUCUCCUCAGGCUCAGAGUUCGACAUGAUGUCCAGGAGAGUAAUCGCUGCCAGCUCUUUUGCCGUGGCAAAUCGUAUCGCUCAGGUCAUUCAUACAUUUCCCUGUCGCCGUGACGACGAUGACCCCUGCGCACCUGUGUGUGGAGAGACAGGUGUGAACGGAGAGAGGGUGAACUGACAGGAAGUGUGACGGAUGUGUUUCUGCAGAGAAGCUGACACACAACAAGGAGACGAUGAAGCUCUGAGAUCUGCAGAAACAACUGCUGCAGAGCGUCAUCGCUUUAACAGUCUCAGAAUGAGGAACAAUGACCCCUUCUUUCCCAUGUUGUUAUCGUUAUUAUUAUUAUUAUUAUUAUUAUUACAAUAUUUGGAAGUUUUAAAGUUUCUUUUAAGGUCAUUAUAGCUUAUUCCAGGAAGAGGUUGUUGGAAAGUUGGAAACUUUGCAGAUUUACAUAAGAUAUCAGACGUGAUAUUAUUUAUUAUUAUAAUGAAAUAAUAAUAAUUAAUAUUAUUAGUAAAAACUAUACUAUACUACUAUUUUUAUGAUAAUAGUGUGUGUGUGUGUGGG